AUGGCCGCAGAGGAGAAAGCAUUUGGGUCUGCCACUGCUGCAACCACAGAUGGGAAGGCGGUGGUGGAGUCGCCGAUGGAUCUUUUAGAUGAGUACUGGUUCUUCCACAAUCCACUCAAAGGCAGAAGACCACCACCAAGAACCCUUCCAAGGCCUCCCUGCACUCCAACCACGGCCAAGGAAGAAGCUGGUGCCACUGAAAUUGCUCGCAAGCUGCUCCGACCUCCAUCGACGCCGUCGCAUCGAGCUCGAAAGAAGGAACCGGACGGCAAGAGAUCACGCAGGAGGUUCAUCCAAGGGAGGAGGAAGUGGAGAAGCUACAGCGAAAUGGAGGCAUUCGAGGUCCAAGGAUUCAGGGACUUGGGCUUCGUCUUCGUCGAGGAAGGACCGAGCGCGAGGCUCGCAGACGUGGUUCGCUGCCUGCGAGACAAGAGGCCGAUAUCUGGCGACGGCGGAGGGUGUCGAGCGUAUCUGUCGGAAGCGUGGUUGAUAGAGAGAACUGCACCUCCAAAGCUUGCGUGGGAGGAGAGGAGAUCGGCCGCAGACGCGAAGGAGCAGCUCAGGUUGUGGGCGAGGACGGUGGCUCGCAAUGUGAUGCUAAUGUAA